GGAGGGGCUGUGACACAGUGAUGAGAGGAAAGAGUCCACAGAGCGCCCUGUUGAGCCAGAGGUAAUUGCUCCACAUCACCGCGUUGAGUGUUAUAAAAAAAAGUUUGGGGAGAGUGAAAACAAAGACAUAACACUGGUGAAGUUGUGUAUGUGUUGAGAGAAGUGGAGCAGUUUCGCAGCACGAGCCACGAAUCGUGAGGAGUGCCGUUUUGUCCUGGUCCAGUACACUCCUCGUGUCUCGGUCAGGUUCAUGGAUUUGAUUGAGGAAACCUCAGAGAAGUCGUCCAACCACCCCGAUAGAUGGCGAGCCACCCAGUGAAUCGCUAGGAAUGCAGAUCCACGAUUCUGCCAGGGCAUCUGGAUUUACGCUUUGUCAUGGUAGGAUUGUGCCAGUCACCUGGACGGGUACCACAUUGAACAUACAUUGACUUAGAGUGCACUCUGACUUGGAAACUUUGACAAACCAGACCGUCGUCUGAUUUGGAUUUGACUUUGCGCACAUUAUUGACUUGGUCAUCUCACACUGACCUGGAACUGAAAAAAGUGUGAAAAGGUCACUUAAGGACAAUUUAGUUUACUUUAAGGGGCCCAGUUUGUUAUUUUUCAUACCUGUGUAAAUUGUGGUAUUUUGCAUUGUGAAGCACACUUAAGGUGCUCUUAAUCAAACUCAGCUGUUGUGUGUGUUUAUGGUUAUUAUGCUCUACACUUAGCUCCCGAAUCUAGAUCAUUGCGCACCCAAGAGUGGGUUACAUCUACAAAGUAUGAAUGAAUGGGUGACGAUACCUGAUCAUACAAUCACUUGCAUUUAGCAAUAAACACAUCCUGUUCUCCUCUAUCCUUCCUCUUUUUUUGGAUGUGAUAAACAUUAUGCUGCUAACUUAAUCGUCCAUUUGCUGAGGAGAACUGCUUCUUGCUUCCACUCAAGCAAGUUACCAAAAAUGACAGGGAGCAAGCUCAUUCGUUACCUCGUAACUUUUGAGAAGAAAGUAACCAAUUUAAAUAAGCGAUUGACAUAAUAUUUAUUUUUGUUAAAACGUGUUUUUGGUAACAUUUCAAUAAAGGCAAUUCAAUUAUAAAAGACUGUGACUCAUACUGCAAGUGUGUUGGGCUCCUGACAGCUACUACUGAACCAGGGACAGUUAUGCAAUUGUGUUGUUGUCAUCAAAGGAGUGUACCUUAAGUGUGAAUGUUGACCUGAGGAGUUGGCCCUCCUGUAUUGAGCUAUGUGUUUAAGGGUUGUUUAGUGUCACUCACAUAUUAGUUCCUGUAUUCCUGUUGUUUGUCUUUUAGACUGAAACUGGUCCAUGUGAAAAGUGGACGCCCUAACACAAGAAAAGCAAAUAGUGUAUGCAAGAGGUUUUGCCUGUUUUGUUUCCCUAUAGCACUGAAGGUGUUUUAUAUUGUUACUUUAAGCAGGUAAAUUCAUUUUAUAAAUGAAUAUGUGUUUUUAUUUCUUAAUCAAAUAAAUGAGAACUGGAAAAAAAAAAUGUCCAGCUGAGGGCGACAGCGUAUGCGCUCAUACAAGUUUGGCCUUCCUGAGCUGCCUUAGAAGUGUCAGUACCUCUCGCUGUCCAGACAUCCGGGAUAUUUUCAACAUUUAGCGGCGGUAAAUUUCUUGCUGUCUAUGCAUCGGUCGGGUCUUGCGGGUCUCUCAGGCCUGUGUGAAGUCACUGAUCAUCUUUAUCUGAGUAACGCCAGCGCGGCCAGUGAUUCCGCUCAGGUGAUUCGCCAUGACAUAACCUGCGUCAUCAACGUUACCGAGACCAGGAGCCGCCGCCCUGCUCCUCCUCCCGGUGUGGAGUACAUCCACAUCCCGGUAGCAGACUCCCCGGUGACUCCUCUCGGAGAUCACUUCGACGAGGUGGCAGAUAAAAUAAAGCUCGUUGCAGAGCGCGGAGGCCGCACUUUGGUGCACUGCAACGCCGGUGUGAGCCGCUCCGCCUCACUGUGCAUGGCCUAUCUGAUGAAGCACCGCGGUGUGACUCUCCUGGAGGCCCACAGGGGGGUGAGGACCUGUCGACCCAUAGUGAGGCCGAAUAAUGGCUUCUGGAAGCAGCUUAUCCGGUAUGAGAUGGAGCUUCGAGGAUGCAACUCUGUCCGAAUGACCACCUCCUCCAUUGGAGAGAUACCAGACAUUUAUGAAGAGGAGGCCAGGAAUAUGAUGCCGGUGUGAGGACCUUAUCUUACUGCACUACUUGAUGUGUGGGGGAGUGGGACAUUGUUUCACAGUGGUGAUAUGUACAGUGGCAUAACCAUAAAAUGAUGUUUAUUCAUUGAAAGAAAAGUGUUUUCCCUCCUGACUUAUUAGAUAGAUAGAUAGAUGCUUUACUUUUCCCCUAGGGGAAAUUCAUGUAUUAUGGGCAGAGUUGGAAUUUAAAACACAUUUACUCAAGCACUGUACUGUACUUUAUACUAUUAAGUAAAUUUCAGAGGAAAAUGUU